AUGUCUCCUUCAAUUUUCAAUCAGAAAAUUCCCUUAGAGACCUCAGAGAUGAUAUUGGAUGGGCUAACUCUAAACGAUCUUGCUUCUCUCAGUAGAACGUCCAAGAUCGCAAACACUGAUAUUACAAACUACAAGCGACGUGUAUUCACCAUUAAACAUGCUUAUCGGAAUUUCUUCAACAUGAAAGAAAUCAGUUCCACGGCUCUUAUCGUUUCUGGAUCGACGGCUCUCGAAUUCUUCAACCGAGAACAAUACAGUGGCGAUCUAGACACAUAUUGCCAAAUCAACCGCUGUAAAACUGCGGGUGAAUGGUUUAUAUCACAGGGCUAUCUAUUCAAACCAAAAGAAAACCAAAAAAACGAUUUCACCGACGCAUUCACUCAAAUCCUGGAAACAGGCAAAGACAAUGAAGUGAUAGCUGUACCAAACGAUGUAGACCCGUCAGAUUACACUUUCAAUUCUGUGAAGACUGUCUGGGAUUUCGUUCGAGGAUCAUCUAAGAUACAGCUCAUCGCCACUGCAGGUCCACCUCUGGAAACCAUAUUUUGUUUUCAUUCAACAUGUGUAAUGAACGUACUUACACAUCGAGCUGCCUACUGCUUAUUCUCGAAGCUCACCUUGGAGGAGAAAACUACAAUGCUUAUCAAUCUUCGAGCACCUCUGAACGAACUUCAAAUGUAUCCAAUACGAAAAUAUCAGGAUCGUGGAUUCAACAUAAUGCAUACCCCGACGUUCGAACAGGCUUGCAAUCCAUCUUCAUCACUUUCAUUUCUGUUGUCCAGAUACGUCGGUGACAGACACUGCUACCGUAUUAUUUUCGAACAUCUGAGUGAUGGUAUGCCUACCAACGAUCUUUUCGAAUUGAACAGCUGGGAUAUGGCGUAUACUCGACAAUAUAACACAAUCGACGUUUAUUCGUUGGAUAUCUCCGAAGCGAAGGAAAACUAUGUCGUUGGACCACAUAAUGUUGCACAGGUUAGAGCUGAGGCUGUCACUAUAAAUGAACUUAUCAGAACGAGAACACUCCGUACUCUCAGCGGAGACGCUGCAAUGGCAGCAAUUCAGAACAUCGUCCGAAAUACAAACAAGCCGUCUAUUACAAAAACACCUUUUUGGUCUGAAUUCAAAAAGCUGUUUGACUUGGCAAAUACUUCUGCAUUUCCUAUAUCUCCUUCAAACGCGCAAGACUUGGCGAAACUAAUAUUAACACUUCAACGACAAUUCGCAACGAUGAACAUGGAUAAUCCUUAUCUAAACGUUGGGGAUUUUCUCUUUCAAAAAAACCUAUACGAUCCUUCGAAGCAGACAAUCGAUAUUGAUCGGAAAUCGCGUGAUUCAGCGUCGUCCCACUCUUCUUCUUCAUCAUCUACAUGGAAUUCCUCUCAUUACUCUUUGAUCUCCGAUGCAGAGGUGUUGAACUACGCUCGUAUCCUCGAACACGUCCAGGGCGCUCUCUACACUCAAGCCUUAGCCAAGUUCUCCGCCGAUGCUUUUGAAGCGACUAAGUUUGCCGCAACUGUCAAGGCAAACUACGACGAUGUUUUGCCGAUGAACAGACUCACAUCACUUUGCUACAAAGACAGCGGCUCAGAUGAUGUCGCUUCGUUCAUCGCGACGAAUGCAGCCUUUGACACUGCUAACACCUUUGCUGAUUCUCAAACUUCUGGACUUCCCCUAGACAAGACAACGUGGUUCAAAUCUACCGUCCAGAAUUCAAAUCCCUGGAGGAGUGCCUUUAUCGGUCCUUUGACCCCCAACAACAAUUUCACUAUCGCAUCAAACUUCAUCGCCACAUAUCCUUCUUCUAAUCCACCUAUCGCAGUCACUCAGUAUUUCCCGCCAAUCAGAAUCCCCACUACCGCUGCUUCUGGUGCUUCAGUCCACCUCGCGCUCGCCCUGACCGAGACAAAUACCUCCGAUUUGUCGGAACUAUUCGUUGCGUUCCCUAAUUCCAAUCGCACCCCCUUCGAACAAUUGUCUUCCUCAGAUUCAUACAACGUCAUCUUCCCCACACAGGAGGACGAUGUUUUUGGUACGAUGUUUGUGCUCCCUGCCCGUUAUAACAAUGAACCACCAAAACAUCAACUCUAUUUCGUCCUGGAUACCCUAUAUUCCAUCAUCUUCUUAUUGUAA